AUGAUCCUCAGAAUGACAUGGUUCUACAUGACCACUGAACGAGGCAACAAUGUACAGAGCAUCUGCAGGGUCAUGGACGGGCGGCUGGUGAUCUUGCUGGACCCAGGAGCAUCAGCUGCCAACGACUACCUUCGGCAAGACAAGUCCAAGGAGAAGCGCUUUGCAUUCGACCAAGCUUUCGGUUCAGAUGUCGAUACAAAAACUCUUUUCAAAGCCACCGCAGAGCCGCUGAUCAAGUCGGUUCUGCAGGGCUACAAUGCUACUGUUUUCGCUUAUGGUUCAACUGGAGCUGGAAAGACGUUUACCAUGAUUGGUACCACGAUCGAGCCCGGCAUCAUGUUUCGCACGGUCGAAGAGAUUUUCGCGGGUGUUGCCGAACCUGGCGAACAUAGCUUUACAGUAACAUGCACUUUCGUGGAAGUCUACAACGAAAACCUACGAGAUUUGGGAUCCGGUGAUUGCAAAGAGGGGAUUCUCGACCUGAGGGAGGACCCCGUGACAGGAACAUAUGUAGCGGGUAUCACGGAGAUCCGAGCAGAAUCGGUGCAGGAGGUGAUGGACCUGCUCCAGAUGGGCAACCAGCGCCGCACGACCGAGCCGACGUCCAUGAAUGUCACCUCAUCCAGGUCUCAUGCCGUUCUGCAAGUUCGGGUGGAGCGCCGCGGCAAUCCUUCUGGCACCUUGACGGGAAAGCUUUCGAUGAUUGAUCUCGCUGGCUCGGAACGUGCGUCGCAUACUAACAACAGUGGGAUGCGGCUCUUGGAGGGGGCCAACAUCAACCGAUCCUUGUUGGCUCUGGGAAAUUGCAUCAAUGCUCUGGCCUCUGGGUCCCACUUUGUACCGUACCGCGAUUCGAAGCUGACGAGACUUCUGAAGGAUUCCCUUGGUGGCAACUGUCGUACCGUCAUGAUCGCAAAUAUUUCUCCAAGCCACUUGAGUUAUGAGGAUACGCUGAACACGUUGAAGUACGCAAACCGGGCAAAGCACAUCCGGGUCCGCGCAAAGCAAAACCUUGUCCGGCCAGACGAGCAUGUGAGCCAGUUCGAGCAAGCCAUUGCCGACCUGCGCAACGAGGUCUCUAUCUUGAAGUCACAGCUCGCUAAUCGAAGGGAGGCUCCAAGUGACGCAGUGGAAGGAGACGAGAAUGUGCUGAAAGAAGCCAGCGAGAACUGGAAGUUGGAAGUGAUUCGGAACCUGGAGAGCCGAACAUCCUUGCAGCGUUCGCUCAUUGACGUCGAGCGUGGUCUCUCGCAGUGGAGAGUUGAGCUCGAGCAGGCCAAGGAGAUCAUUCUGCACUGGGAAGAGCGGUCCGAAGGCAGCGCAGCCUCAACUCGUCGUUCUGAUGCAAAAUCCUUGGAGGAGUGGAAAGAGGCCACGGGCCAGAUCGAAGAAAGCAUCAAGGAGAACAUCGAAACCAGACGGUCAUUGAACGAGCGGCUUCAGCAGAACAAAGUUGCAGGCAAAGAGCUGCAGAAGCAGCUCUCGCAGCGUGUUCUGAAUGAGGACUUGAGGGCAUUCUUGGAGCUGAUCCAGCGAGUGCAGGUCCUGGAAGUGGAAAGGCUUGAACUCGAGCACUUCUGGGAGGUCGACAGGCAACAGCUGGAGCAGUCUGACCAGGAGAUCGCCAUGCUGAGAGAGCAGCUGCGACUUCGUAACGCCCACAUCCACGAGCAGCGGCAGCAGCUUUCCAAAGAGAAGCAGGAGAAGAUGCCAGGACAUGUUUUCCUACUGGGAAGCACUUUGGCGGAGUCCUCGCCGCAGCGUGGGCCGUUGCGGGUCAUGCAGGCCUGGGCCCCGUCGAAAGAGGAGGAUGGACCGGAGGAGAGGGUAAAUAGUGGAAGUCUCUCGGUGUCCGAAGAGACAACCGACGAUUUCCCCAUGCAAGACAAAAUCAACUGGAGGGCUUUGGAGGUCCCUCUGGCUUCGCAGAUUAAGGGCUUGGCACAACUGCAGCAGAACGCAGGCACUUCUCGGCUCUUGGCAGCCAAGGCGUGGAAGGACAAAUCCCUGCGCAGCAUUCCGGAGCGCGCCCGGCGGCCGUUAGCCCUGGCACGCAACGGCGUCGCACCGCCGCCCUUAGUGGCACCUGCACCGCCGCGGGAGCUGCGGGAGCCUCCAGGUAACUCGAGCCCUUCGCAGACGAGAGGAAGCACCUGCCCGCCAUUGAGGAGGAAGUCUUCUCUUGAGGCGCAUGCCCUUGGCGGCCAGCGCCAGACCUCGGUGGGUGAUGUUCGAUCGCCAGGGCCGCCCGGGCAACGGCAAAUCCUGCGUGCGCAGGGCGUUGCAGCUCCACAGCGGCAGCUGGACAAGAAUUCCGUCGGUGUAUAUCGCGACAAGAGCCGCGGCAACUGGCAAGAACGGAUGUUUCACUUUUGGCGCUUCGGCCAUGCCGAAGCCGCCAGGGGCCAGGCGCAAGAUUGGACGAAAAAAGUUCUGCAAAUGUAA